GUUUCCUUGCUUGCAUUGUUCGCAUGUCCUCCAGUGCUGAAAAGUGUCCAGUCGACCACGGCGCUCUCGCUGCAUCGGCAGACAAGUGCCCUGUCGACCACACCUCUCGCUCCUCAUGGGCAAGUCUUCUUCCACCUCAUGACUCUAAUCCGUCACCACGACCGAACGGAGCGCCGGCCCACCUCCCACUGGUCCGUGAAAUCUCCUCUAUCCCCAAAGUCGAUGGCGGCAACUGGGUAUACCCGUCGCAAGCUCAGUUCUACUCUGCUAUGGCGCGGAAGAACCACAACCCUCAGGCCUCCGAUAUGAAAGUUAUUGUGCCGAUCCACAACGCCGUCAACGAGAGGGCAUGGGCAGAAGUCAUGAAAUGGGAGGCGGGUCAGGGCGGUGACAAGUGCGGGGGUGUGAGGCUUGUGAGUUUCAAAGGACGGCCGCAGGACUUGUCGCCCAGGGCAAGAUGGAGGUCACUCAUAGGAUACUCCCCUCCAUUCGAUCGCCACGACUGGGUAAUCGACCGCUGCGGAACGCGCGUUCGCUAUAUCAUAGAUUUCUAUACCGGCCAUACAGGGGGCUCCCCAUCUGGCAACCUAUCCUUCUAUCUGGAUGCUAGACCUGCACUUGAUAAUUGGGAUGGAGUGAGGAUGCGAGUCGAACGGUUCUGUGAGCGGUGGAUCGGCAGAUCAUGGAGUAGUCCAGUACCUCCAGAGCAUACGACAUCUCGUUCAUAA